GGAUUUUUGUUUUUUUCUUCGUAUUCUAUUCGUUUUCUUUUCGUUUCGCACCGCAAUUGCACUCACCUUUUGAUUUGGCUUGUUACAUUUUAUAACAAAAGUCCUCGUGAAUUUUCAUUAAUAUUUUAGUUUCAAUAAGCAUUUGAUUAAAUAAUUUAAAACUAAUAACUCUACAUUAUAAUGGAUGUUGCUGAUGCCCAAGUUGGACAGUUGCGUGUAAAAGACGACGUUGGUAUUCGAUGUCAGAAACUAUUCCAGGACUUCCUUGAAGAAUUCAAAGAAGAUGGAGAAAUCAAGUAUCUUAAACCAGUCACUGAAUUAGAGUCUCCUGACCGCUGUACUCUCGAAGUAAGCUUCGACGAUGUGGAAAAAUACAAUCAAAAUUUGGCUACAACAAUUAUCGAAGAAUAUUAUAGAAUCUACCCUUAUCUAUGUCAAUCAGUGUCGAACUUCGCCAAGGACCGCAUAGGCUUGAAGACCGAAAAGGAUUGUUAUGUGUCUUUUACCGAAGUGCCUACUCGUCAUAAAGUCCGUGACAUGACUACAGCGAAGAUUGGAACCCUUAUUCGAAUUUCUGGUCAAGUAGUUCGCACACAUCCAGUACACCCAGAGCUGGUCUUUGGCACUUUCAUGUGUCUCGAUUGUCAGACUGAAAUUCGUGGUGUAGAACAGCAAUUUAAGUUCACAAAUCCAACAAUAUGCCGCAACCCUGUGUGUUCCAAUCGACGGCGCUUCAUGUUAGAUGUUGAAAAGAGUCUGUUCAUAGAUUUUCAAAAAAUUCGUAUCCAAGAAACACAAGCUGAGCUCCCUAGAGGUUGUAUUCCCCGCUCGGUGGAGAUCAUCCUUCGUUCGGAAUUAGUAGAAACUGUUCAAGCCGGGGAUCGUUAUGAUUUCACUGGCACUCUAAUUGUUGUCCCAGAUAUAGCUGUGUUGAAUAUGCCCGGUGCAAAAGCAGACUUUGGUUCACGGCACAAGCCUGGUGAGGGUCAUGAUGACGGAGUUCGUGGCCUUAAGGCUCUCGGCGUACGAGAUUUGAACUAUCGCAUGGCUUUCCUAGCUUGUAGUGUUCAAGCAACCACAGCUAGGUUCGGUGGAACUGAUUUACCAAUGAGUGAGGUGACGGCAGAGGAUAUGAAAAAGCAGAUGACUGACGCCGAAUGGAAUAAAGUCUACGAAAUGUCCAAAGACAGAAACUUGUACCACAAUCUGAUAACCAGUCUAUUCCCAUCGGUUUAUGGGAAUGAAGAAGUAAAGAGAGGAAUACUCUUGCAGUUGUUUGGAGGCGUGGGAAAGACGACACAUGAAAAGACAACUCUUCGUGGUGACAUAAAUGUGUGCAUUGUCGGGGAUCCUAGUACGGCGAAGUCGCAGUUUCUUAAGCAAGUUGCCGAUUUUUCUCCACGCGCCGUCUAUACAUCAGGUAAAGCUUCUUCGGCUGCAGGUCUUACAGCAGCUGUGGUGAGAGACGAAGAAAGUUUUGAUUUUGUUAUUGAAGCGGGAGCGCUAAUGUUAGCCGACAAUGGAAUUUGUUGCAUCGAUGAAUUCGACAAAAUGGAUCCUCGAGAUCAAGUUGCCAUUCACGAAGCUAUGGAACAGCAGACUAUAUCGCUUGCUAAAGCCGGUGUUCGGGCCACUCUGAAUGCUCGGACAUCAAUCUUAGCAGCUGCCAAUCCCAUCAAUGGUCGCUAUGAUCGAAGCAAGUCUCUGCAACAAAAUAUUCAGCUGUCGGCUCCGAUUAUGUCGCGUUUCGAUUUGUUUUUCAUUCUUGUGGAUGAAUGCAAUGAAGUCGUGGACUAUGCUAUUGCAAGGAAGAUCAUUGAUUUGCAUUCCAAUAUCGAAGAUAAUGUUGAGCGAAUGUACACAAGGGAAGAAGUACUCCGUUAUAUCACCUUUGCCAAACAAUUCAAACCCAUUAUCAAUUUAGAAGCAUCCAAGUUGUUAGUGGAGAACUACGGUCAACUCCGUCAACGGGAUACUGGAAGUAGUGGUCGAAGUACAUGGAGAAUCACAGUGCGCCAGCUUGAAAGUAUGAUUCGUCUAAGCGAAGCAAUGGCCAAGCUGGAGUGCAUGAACGAAGUCCAGGUGCGACACGUUAAGGAAGCAUUCCGUUUGCUUAAUAAAUCUAUAAUACGAGUGGAGCAGCCAGACAUACAUUUAGAUGAUGAUGAAGAUGUUGGCCUAGCAGAUGUUGAGAUGGAAGAAGAAAAUGAAACCGCUGGCGCUGAAAAUGGAACUGAACCAGCUACAAAUGGAGAUGAGGGAACUGCAACAGUACAAAAGAAGAAACUAACUCUUAGUUUCGAGGACUACAAACAUCUGAUGACAAUGUUGGCUUUGCACAUGCGUAAAGAAGAAGCUCGAUGCGAAAUAGAAGGCACUGACAGUGGAAUGAGACGAAGCGAAAUUGUUGCUUGGUACCUGGAACAGGUGGCGGAUCAAAUCGAAUCGGAGGAUGAAUUGAUCUCACGCAAGAACUUAAUUGAGAAAGUUAUCGAUCGUUUGAUUUACAAUGAUCAAGUUAUUAUUCCAUUAAAGACAACGGAGUUAAAGGCAAGUGGCAAAAGAGUUGAAGGUGGAGAGGACGAAGAGGAAGAGGAUCCACUCCUGGUAGUGCAUCCCAAUUAUAUUGUUGAGUGAAAAGAAUAAUUCAGAAAUACUUUUUUAUUCGUUAUAUCUUCGUUCUUAUUUUAUAAUUCACUUUAAGAUUAUUUUUCAAAUAAAGUAAAAAAAAAAAAA